AUACAACAAAGACAUAAAUAAUAAAGGUUCUCCAACCUCCAUCAUUGUUCCUUCAAAUUUCUCUCUCUAUAGACUUAUGUGAUUUCUAAUAUGCUUCAAAAUUCUUCUAUUUAAUCAAGAGGAGGGAGACCUAAUAAAGCUUCUCUAAGGGCUUGUUUGGGAGGAGGUUCAUGGAGAAAAGUAAAGUACAAGAGAAGGAAAGGUCAGCACAAAAGUGAAUUGAGUUGAAGAAGAAAGAAAGUGAAUUGAGUUGAAGAAGAAAGAAAGUGAAUUGAAGGGCACCAAGCAAAUAAAGCUUUAUAUUUGCUGCUCUAUCUGAUUUGCCUUGAUAAAACUCUACUCUUUGAGUUUUCUAGGAGAGAUAGAUACAUAGAUAGAUAGAUAUAGAGAGAGAAAAGGAGAGAGAGAGAGAGCAAUGAAUAGAGGUGUUUUGCAGAGCCAUGGUUGGUGGAGCAUCAACACUAGCAUGAGGCCUCCCACAUCUCAUCAUCAACAAGCUGGAGCUAACAGUAGUAGUAGCUCACCUUUCAUGGCUGCUCCUCCCCCUCCCCCCACCACCUUCUUCCCUCACUUCACCCCUCCCCCACUCCCAUUUUCUUCUUCUUCUUCUUCUUCUUCCUCUUCUUGGAGUGAUACCCACCACCCCCUUCCUCCGUCUGACUCUUGGAGCCAACUUCUCCUGGGAGGAUUGGUGGAUGAAGAAGAUAAAUCUGGGUUGACUGCUAACAUGGAGGCUGCCAAGAAGCUGGAGAAUUGGGAGGAGCAACUACUCGGCGGCCAUGGCGGCCCGACCACAUUCGACGACACAAAGCACCAAGAAAGCAGCUGCUAUAAUGUCUAUGGCCCAAAUGCAGAAUUUGCAGUAGCAAAGCAACCCAACAACAACAAUAACAACUGGUCUCAAUCUUCUUCUCCCACGUCUUGUGUUACCACUUUAAGCUGCGCCAGUAACAUGUUGGAUUCUUGUAAUAACAAGAUUGUCAUGUCUGAUAAUGCUACCAGACAUCCUCCCCCAGAUCACUCAUCUGAGUGUAACAGCACAGGUACUACUGGUGGGGCACCUAAGAAGCCUAGGGUACAACCUUCUUCAACUACUCAAUCUACCUUCAAGGUGAGAAAGGAGAAAUUGGGUGAUAGAAUUACUGCCCUUCACCAACUGGUCUCCCCCUUUGGGAAGACUGACACAGCCUCAGUGUUGUUAGAAGCUAUUGGAUACAUAAGAUUCCUUCAGAGUCAGAUUGAGGCCCUUAGCUUGCCUUACCUGGGCACUGCAACAGAAACCAUGAGGCACCAUCAACCACCUGUUGUUCAAGGAGAAAGGAAUUCUUUAUUUCCUGAAGACCCUGGUCAGCUCUUGAAUGACAACUGCAUGAAGAGGAAAGGAAUUUCCCAUCAUCAGGAUUUGCAUGAUGAAUCAAAGAAGGACUUAAGGAGCAGAGGGCUAUGUCUUGUCCCGAUAUCGUGCACGUUACAAGUUGGGAAUGACAAUGGGGCGGAUUACUGGGCUCCGGCGGCUUUUGGUGGAGGUUUCCGAUGAUCGGAGACAAAAAAUUAUAAUCGAAUUAAUCGUCGAAGAUAUGAUGCAGCACACAGCACUAGAAAUUAAUUAAUUAACUACUUAAUUGGAAUAUAAUGAAGGGUAUAAUCGAAAGACUUGCUGGCUAUAACAUCAUGAGCAGUCAAUCUGCUAAAGUUAUAAGGUUGAUUGCUCAUGAUGCUAUACAUUUUAUUAGAUCGUACAAGGUUGUUUUAAUGUGUGCUGUCUGUAAUAUUAUUUAUGAUCUUAAUUAAGUGCUCUUAAUCAAUAUUAUUAUCCUAUCUUUUU